GAGACCCGACCCUAUCACCGCCACUCUAUAAAUACACGCUCGCACACCCGACGAACCACACCAACCAAUCAAUCAACCGUCCGAAAGCAGACUCGCUAGUAGUAGUUUCUUCAGAGUUCAGCGCAGCCUACACCAGAGGCAUCUUCGAUUCUCGGCAGUUAUACGAUGGCAUCGUCGUCGGGGCAGCGCGCGGCGGCUCUAGCGGCAGCGCUCGUGGUCGUCCUUCUGGUCGCCGGAGCGGGCCUUGCCGGCGCGGCGCGGCCGGCGCCGGCGGAGAGGAGCGGGGACGGCGCGAUGUACUCGGCGGUGUACCCGGCCGCGGUGGUGGUGGCGGACAAGGCGAGGGAGACGGUGGAGAUGCUCUUGGCGAGGCUGCCGGCUGGGCCCAGCCCCAAGGGCCCUGGCCACUAGCUACGCACGGACGGCAAGGCUGUCGCUGUCGGCUGAUCGGUUGAUCUGAUCUAUUAGCUGCGAAUAGUUCAGCUUAUAGACCCAUCAAGGUUACGUAGAUACUAACUGCACAUAUAUAGGAUGAUCGGUUGAUCGGUUGAUCUGAUCUUCCUGUCAAUAGUUCAGGUUAUAGUUAGACACAUGAAGGCUGUACUAAAUGCACAUAGCACGAUGAUUCUUUGAUAUCUUCUUUCUUGUUUUCCUUUUUUUUUUGAAAAAUACGAAGAUUCUGUAGUACUUCAUCCGUUUCAAAAUACAGUGCUUUCUCUA